CAAUGUGUGUAUGGCCAGAUCUAGCUGUGCAGAUGUGAGCCUGAUUUUCUCAGGGAAGCAUCAAUUACUUUUCCUCAAGAGUUAACCUUACAUCCAACAAUCACUGUACAGAUGCAAGUCUCCGUAGUGGGAGCAUUAUGGAUGGGAGCCUUGGAGAUGAAGCACAGGUUGCCAAGAGACCAUAGACACAAAUCCCAGAAUCCUCGAGUUGGUAGAGUCAUAUCCCUUAGCAUAUUUAACUCAAUUAUAACGAGAUACAGAAUGGAAGAGUACAGGAAGAGAAUGAAAUAAAGCAUAGGUGACUGUAAUGAAGAUCGUAUCGUCACACAUUGGAAAUCACUGAGGGUCCUUGUAUAAACAGAGGAGCAGUGUGCUGGGUUUUCAGUCAUGGUGGAUGCUCUUGGUGUAGUAUUGGGCAGCAGUCUGACAGUAAUGCUUGGAGCUACUGCCCUGUACAUUCUUAUACGCUGGUAUCAAAGUGGACGUUGCUGCUAUGAAACGAGCUUCGUCUUUAAUUUAUACAAUAUAAGACAGCUAAAGUCCAUGGACCUGGAGCUGGGACCUCCUUUUACAGUCAGUGGCUCUAUGCAUUCUCAUGGUUCCAUCCAUACAUAUCAUUAUUCUCAAUUCCAAGACAGUGAGGUGUAAUACUACAAAUGGUCUUCAAGGGAUCGUAAGCUCACAACACACAAUGAGGAAACCCCUGCUCUUGACUGGUUGUAAGAUGGCACACCUAGGUCCACAAUGGGCAUAAUUUAUUCAUAUUGUACAAAAGCAGGGUUUAAAUGUUAGCCAAAGACGUGUAUGCACCGUAGUUCUUUUCCUCAUGUAGUGAUUACAGAAAAAUAGGAAUAAACAAGAUACUGUAUAGAUGAACCAUAGUUCUUUGUUCCUGCUGUACCUCUAAUCUUUGUCAAUGGUGUCAUUUUUUUAUACAUUCCUUAUAUACUGAAUCUACAUGGAAUGAUGAUUUAUUCUAUUUAUGUAAAAUCAGUAUGAAAUAGUUCUGUGUAAAUAUAGUAGGGUAGUGUUCAUCAA